AUAUGAACGCUGCGGAGGCCGCCAAAAUUUAGUCUCUCCCAGCUGGUCUGUCGCUAGUCAGUGCAACUCUCUCUGUUUGCAACUCCACUCCUCUGUCCCGCCAAUUUUUUCUUCCACUACCGUAAAUUUUUCCUCUACAGAAACCAAAGAUGCUUUCCAUGCACUCACCGAAGUCUACCCAGUCCGUGCAGCAGGACUUCUCGGCGCUGAAGAUCUCUGCAGACCGAGAGAAUCAGGUCCCGUCUUCACCUUCUAAAGGAAAACCUGUAGCAAGAAAGGUCCUCGGAGAGAGCCAGAGCCAGAAUAUAAUAAGAUCAUCAGACAUAAAGGAAAUCAAGAAGCAAGUGGUUGACCCUGUUCAAAAGCCAGAGAGAAAGGAACAGGAUGAGCCCCUCCUGCGUGAGAACCCCAGGCGCUUUGUCAUCUUCCCCAUCCAGUACCAUGACAUCUGGCAGAUGUACAAGAAGGCUGAGGCAUCCUUCUGGACAGCGGAGGAGGUUGACCUCUCAAAGGACUUGGGCCACUGGGAGAGUCUGAACGACGGAGAGAGACACUUCAUCAAGCAUGUGCUCGCCUUCUUUGCCGCCAGUGAUGGCAUCGUCAAUGAGAACUUGGUGGAGAGAUUCAGUCAGGAGGUGCAGGUGACAGAGGCCAGGUGCUUCUACGGCUUCCAGAUCGCCAUAGAAAACAUCCACUCUGAAAUGUACAGUCUUCUGAUUGACACAUACAUCAAGGACCCAACAGAGAGGGACCACCUCUUCAAUGCAAUCGAGACCCUACCCUGUGUCAAGCAGAAGGCUGACUGGGCCCUCAGGUGGAUUGGAGACAAGCAAGCCACUUUUGGGGAGCGUGUGGUUGCCUUCGCUGCUGUAGAAGGAAUCUUCUUCUCAGGUUCCUUUGCUGCUAUCUUCUGGCUGAAGAAGAGGGGUCUGAUGCCUGGUCUGACGUUCUCCAACGAGCUGAUCAGCAGAGACGAGGGUUUGCACUGUGACUUCGCCUGCCUGAUGUUCAGUCACCUGGUGAACAAGCCCAGUGAGGAGGCCAUCCACCAGAUCAUCAGGAAUGCUGUCAAGAUUGAGCAGGAGUUCCUGACCGAGGCUCUGCCCGUGAAGCUGAUUGGCAUGAACCACGAUCUGAUGAAGCAGUACAUCGAGUUUGUAGCAGACAGACUACUGGGAGAACUCAAGUGCAGUAAGAUCUUCAACAGAGAGAACCCCUUCGACUUCAUGGAGAACAUCUCACUGGAGGGGAAGACCAACUUCUUUGAGAAGAAGGUUGGAGAGUACCAGAAGAUGGGGGUGAUGUCCUCUCCUGCUCAGCAGAAGUUUACGCUGGAUGCUGACUUCUAAAUCAAUGUCUCUAUUCAGUUUUAAAUCCCAUGUUGGGUCGUCCGUGGAUUGUACAUGAUCUGAAAGACAAGAACUAUGUUUUGUGUUCAGUUUGUCACUCCACACCCUACCCAUGUUCUUUGGGAUGCUUGUAACUUUUGUAUAUCAGACUUGAUUUUUUUUUAAAUCUGCAGACAGCAUGGAUAACCAUCAUGGCAUCUUGGUUUUAUAAUGAAUGUUAGACUACUUAAGGUAGACACCAUAACUUUUAAUGUAUUAUAUGAUAUAGGUCAUUGUAUUAGUUGGAUGUUUAAGCUUGUAUUGGUUUUCUUUUAAAUCCUUGAGUGGUCAAUGAUCAUCCUAAUUGUAUUUUGCUACCAGUAGAUAUCCUUUCAAACAAUGUGAUGUUUUUUAGUACAACUUCAAUUUUUAAAAAUGUUUUUCAAUGUAUGAUACUUAAUAUAUAUUGUGCCAUACCAGCUGUUAAACAACCUUAUCUUGGAGGUAUUUUUAAGUAGCUUUGCUGUAUUGAAAUGAAACUUUAAUUCUGUCACAGGUUAAGUUUGUUGACACCAGCAAUGGAGGACACAAGUUUUUUUUACCUGUCCAGUUGCAACUUAUUGUACAUACUUUGUGUCUACUUCAUAUUAUGGAGCUGUGAAAUAUCUCAGGUCUCUACAGCAAUAAACGGUUUCUUCCACAUGUCA